UGAAGUCCAAAACACCUGGAGGGUCGAAGUUGGCCUAAGCCUGGCCUAUACUAGGCAUGGGAGUCCAAAGGCUAUAUCUAAGGGUUUAUUGAACCUAUCUGGCAAGUUUUCUUGGACUUCAGUCUGCAGGAGCUGAAAGAUAAGACAAUGGGAAGUCCCUUGACCCUGCAGGCUGGUUGUGGCCCCUCCAGUGGUGGGAAAGAGAGUCCCAGAGCCCUUCGCUCCCUUUCCCUGGAGGGAGCAGCUCCUGAAGGGAAGGCGGGGAGGGGAGCGGCUCCGCCCGCCUCAGUCACGAGGCCAAAGAGGAGUCCACACACUGGGGCUGCUGCGGCGGAGCGCCUUGUUGUUGUUGUUGCUGCUGCUGCAGCUGCGAUGGAGGAGAGCCUGGUGCGCGCCUUCGGGGGCCUGAGCCUCCAGCAAAGAAGGGGUCCAAACAGGGCUCCCCCUCGCCGCCGCCGCUUCAGCAAGAGCCUCUACCUCCUCCGAGGCCUCCCCGGGUCUGGGAAAAGCACCUUGGCCAGGCAACUGAAACAUGAAUUUCCUAGUGCAGUCAUUUUUAGCACGGAUGACUACUUCUUCACAGAAGAUGGGACCUAUGAGUUUGAUUCUUAUGCUCUAGAAGAUGCACAUAAAUGGAACCAGAAAAGAGCUCGUAAAGCAAUGAAGAAUGGGAAAUCCCCAGUUAUUAUUGAUAAUACCAACAUCCACGCUUGGGAAAUGAAGCCAUAUGUGAUAAUGGCACGUGAAAACAACUAUGAAGUUAUCUUUCGAGAGCCAGAUACACACUGGAAAUUCAAUGUUCGGGAACUAGUCAGACGGAAUAGUCAUGGUGUUCCACGGGAGACGAUACAGCGAAUGAAAGAACAGUAUGAGCAUGACCUCACUUUUCAUAUUGUACUUCAUUCAGAAGAGCCAGCCCGACAUUUUACUGGGUCCUAUGGCACAAACAGUGGUGGAGGCUGUUCCCAGCUAAAUUCAACAUUCCCAAACCAAAGAGCUAACAAUGGAAGAUCAUUUAAUAGAAGAAAUGAUUUCUACAGUGUCUUUUAGAGUUUCUUCACAAAUUGUUUAAGUUUUUAAAAGAUAUUUUUCUCAGUUUUAAACUUUAAAUAUUUGUAUUUUUCUACUGAACUAGAUUAGGUUUCAAAUCAUUCCGUUUCAAAUUUUGGAUUCUUAAAAAGUCCCACACUGAUAGCCAUCUGCUUCGUAUGCAGAAUUUCUGAUAAGAAGCAGAAAUGCUGUAUCAGGUAAACCGCCAUUAAUAUCCUAACAAUGAACGUAGUUUAGCGUGACUAUUAAAAGUCAAAGAACAAUUCUUCACCUGCCUACUGAGAGCAAGUCCCAUUCAAUUAAAACAAGAUUGAUGCUUAGUUAAGUGUUUUUAGGAUUAAAACCCAUCCUUCCUGAUUUUCAUUAUACUCUUUCCUUCCCAGUGGUGGUACUUAUUGUGAAAGUUUUUGAGGUACAAGGAAAUUAGUCAUAUUGAGGAAAGUCAAAAGUUAACGUAAGUCCUAUUUAUCUGAAUGGGAACUGAAGGCACUUUAGUCUGAAUUCAUCCCAUUAAAAGGCAGUUCCUGUGACACCAAGAUUUUUAGCUGCUUUUUAUAUAAGUUAUCCAUUCCUCUUUCCCGGGAGCAAUGUCUGUCUACAUUCCUAAUUUUGUUGGUUUACUUUUCUUUCAUAGGCCUGAAUCCUUCUGUUAGUCUCAAUCUAUUAGUAUUUAUCUAUCCACAUUAACUCAGUUCAAAUGUUGAUUCAGUGAGCCUACUCUAGUUAAUUACCAAACAGGAUGUAGGCCAUAGUAUUGUUUUCAUUUGAAUUCUUUUGCUUUUCCAUUUGCCACCUCCUUUCUCGCCAACACUAGUUGUCACUGCUUAUCUGGACUGUUUCUUUUACCUGAGAGAUGAUUCCUUGUCAACCCACCCUUUCCUCGCUCGUUUGCACCCAUAUAAACUACUCAGGGCAGGUGCAUUAAUACAUUGUAUCGCCUUUUCUCCCUUGAACAAACAAGGUAUACCUCUUCAGUGUAGUAGCAUAUAUUAAAGGUAAAUAAGUAAAAGAAGCCAGUGCAAAUGUUAAAAAUCAGGGAUUGAAAGAAAAAAGUAGUGUCACUGAACUUGGUAGAUGUGCUGUGUGCCUUGAUGUCAAAGAGUUUUAAUCUUGUGUUUUUGAUUACUUUAUCAUCCACACAAACCAAAACUGCUGCCUUAUAUCCUUGCUUAGUCUUGGCCUUCAUGUCAGAGGUUAGCACUUGCUAACUAACUUGAUGUUAGACCAAAGUUCCCAUCAUCCCUCAUCCUGGCCAAGAGGACUGACUCAUGGCAAUUGAAAUCCACUAUCAUCUGAAGGGCCACAAAUUCGUAACUGCUAACUCUUGAAUUCUGCUAAGAACUUGUUUGAAUAAUGUGAAAUUAGUUUUUAUUUUAAAGAACAGUCUAGAGUAGUGAAAUCAUUCAUAUCCACCCAGUCCCUAAAUACUGUGACUUAGACAUUUUAGUAUGUUUAAUUGUCUCUUUAAUUCAUAUGACAAAUCUACCUUCAUUCUUCUAGGAAGAGAACUAUUUCAGAUUGCCAAAAUAAUGUGUUUGUGGUAUUUUUAACUGUGUGUUCUGAGCUGCCACUUUUAUUGAACUAAUUGUGGUUUUUGUGUAAAAGCUGAAAACAAAUGAAAUUGUCUGACUCUGAACUGUGCAGAGGACUUUUGAAAUAAAUAGCCAUGAAAUAAAUGUAUGAGGAACAUGAGAAAAAGGUACAGAUUUGUAGUUAGGGACUCUUGCUCCCAGUGAAAUCACUAUGCUUUAGGAAACUUACAGGAUGUUGGACUGUAAUUUAUUAAGAAUGCUCAAGGAGUUGUACGCGAUUAUAAAAUACAACUCUUUUCUUCAACACUCUGUUAUCAGAUUGAAACCAUUCCUCAUGGUAUAAGACAGCUUGCCAUCUUAUGUAGAGGUUGUUUUAAAAAAUAAACACCAUGCUGGGUGAACUGUGAA